GAGCACGAUGAAGGCAGCUAGCCGUUAGUAGCUAGUCGUAGCAGAAGUGUACUGUUAUAGUUGAAGUCACGGGCCGUUACAGAGCACACGCACACUGACAGGGACAUGCACGGGGAGCUGGGUGCGGGCUUGUGUUCAUGCACACAGCGGGUUUCCGGUGGUGUUUCGGGACUUGUUUAUCUUUGAGGGGCGUGUGUGUUUGCUCCGUGCUAGGCGGCUAGCUGCAGAAGCUAACUGUGUUUGUUUCUUGUAGUGCAAUUGAAUUAUUCAUGAGGGCUCGCAGGGAUUGGCGGAGUGAGCGACGGGGGCGGGGCUAGGACGGGGUUUCCUCGGGAUUUGGGGGGCGCACGCACGCACACGCGCUUACAAAAACAUAAACAGGAUAUUUCAUAGACUCGGAGGGUGAAGUCUGGACGGCGGGCGGUGAUCUCUACAGGACACUGUCACUGUGAUUGGCUAGACGGCGGAAGAUGAUGUCAGUGGACAAAGAGGCUGUCCUCACCCACGAGGCGCCCAUCAGACUCAGCCCCGUCUUCCCCGCUGCCAUCAGCCUAUCAGAGCAGCCGCAGCUGGCUAAACCCCUCCCCAUCAUUCGGGCUAAAAAUGGCCUCCAGCCGCCUGACGACAGUCAGCCGGCCCUUCCGGCGCCGCCUCCUCCUCCUCCUCCCCCACCGACUCAGCGAAUUGGGAAGAGGCGUUACUCCAUGGGCGUGGGCUUCAAGGGGCUGACCAAGCGUCGACGCCGCGCCAACAGCGACAGUCUGUCAGAGUCUGUGUUACCUAGUCACUUCCUGUUGGGCGGGAACAUCUUUGACCCGCUGAAUCUGAACUCGCUGUUGGACGAGGAAGUAAACAGAACAACCAAUCAGGAGACACCAAAGUGCUCACCCCUGCCGUCACGGGGCGAACACCCCGUAGAGAUCCUGGUGCCUCGUGACAUCACUGAUCCUCUGAACCUGAAGGGAGGGGGGCAGGGGGGGGAGGAUGGACGAGGGGUCCUGCUGUCCCCACUGAAGUCCAAGAGGAAGCACAGGACCCGACACCACAAAGUAGGAGGAGGGGACGGCGAAGGAGACAAGGAGGUGGCAGCAGCGCCGCUGUUUCCCCACACUGGUGGAUUCAGAGUACCGUUGUUGAAAAAAGAGGGCAGCAUUCCUCCAUCUCCUCUCCCCUGUGAGCUCAACACUGCCAUCACCUGCCGAGACGACGUGGCCCCGUCCCCCAUCCUGCCCAGGAGGCACACCCACCCUCCACCAGGCCCCCCCCACAAGCCUGGGAGCCAGGGUGACGGGCGGCAACGAAAGCGGCGACGCACCACCUCAACGAGGUCGGCAGAUGGUGCUGGAACCACCACUGUCACAACAAGCAAAUUCCAGACACCGUUAGUGGGAGGGGCUAAAGCUGCCAGGUGUGGAGGACCUCAGACUGGUUCCGCCCACCCCAGAGAGAAGAAGAACAAGGACAAACACCGCUACCAGUACGGGAACCACAGCCGUUACUAUGGCUACCAAGGUUUCUAUGGAGACAAGUGGGAGGGGCGGGUUGGGGCAGAGGAAGACCCACGGCUCCGGGUCCUCGAAGCUGAUUGGUUCAGAGACAAGACGGUUCUGGACGUGGGCUGCGGCACUGGUCACAUGACACUGGCUGUUGCCCGGAGAUUUAACCCCACCCACAUCUUGGGGGUGGAGCUAGACAAGCAGCUGGUCCGUGCCGCCAUACAGAACAUUAGACACUUCCUGUCACAUGACAUGGUGGUGGAGGACAGAGGGAAGAGGAAAGACACGGUAGCCCCGCCUCCUCCCCAACAGGAAGGGGAGGAGGGGCAGGAGGAGUUGAUGAAGGAGUUCCAACAGGCUCUCUCGCUCCUCUCCUUCCCUCUGUCCUUCAGGGUGAGUCGGGGCCCUCUCUCAGCUCCCCCCCUUCUCUCUCCUCCAUCCUCUUCCUCCUCCAGGUUCCCCAGUAACAUCACCUUCAUCCAGGGCGACUACGUCUCAGACAGCGAAGCUUGGCCUGGGCGGGGCCAUUAUGAUGUCAUCAUGUGUCUCAACGUAACCAAGUGGGUGCAGCUGCAGUCGGGUGACGCAGGUGUGGUUAGACUAUUCAAACGAGCCUAUCAGAGCCUGUCGCCAGGUGGAAUAUUUAUCCUGGAGCCGCAACCAUGGAGCAGCUACUGCCACAGCAAGAGAGCCUCGAAAACAACGUUCAGUCACUACAGGAGUUUGAGGCUCAGGCCUGAACAGUUCACCUCCUACCUGACGGACAGCGUGGGCUUCAGCUCCUACAGACUCAUCACACACACAGGUAACCAGCGGCCCAUCUACCUGUUCCAUAAAGGCUCUGCACAGAAGAAGUGAGCUCACACCUUCGGCGUCCUUCUGUUUCUAUGGAAACAGCAUUAAAACUGUGACUGAACAAGCUGAUGAUGUCGCACAGAAUAAGAGAGAGAACUGGAACCUGAUUGGAUGGCAGAACUCCUGCGGAUGUGAUUGGUUGAGUACCAAUCACCAGUAACAUGAUUUUUCCAACCAAUGAGAUUUCCUCACACAGAGGUGAUAUCAUGUGUCUGAUGCUGGGAUUAUACUGGUUGUUGAUCAGAUCAAUAAGACUGUAAACAGACUGUUAGUGGGCCUAAAGCACAAAGAAAUAACUGCGUUUCCAUUGGCCGCUGGAUACCAACAGGAAGUGGUUUUUCAUAUUUCUUCCACUGCUUUUUUUUUCCUGUCAAAAUAAAGCGACUGACUCAAAAUCUCUGAAUUAAGGCUGCUCAUUUGUCUUUCAGGUUUUAUGUAUAAAAGUAAAACAUAUUGUCAACUCCUCACAAUAUGACCUGAAUUGGC